AUUCUACCAUUCAGUUUCAAUUUGGCUACAUCCCACUGAAAAUGGCGGACGAAAACGUCAAUAUCUCUCGAGCUAUCCGCCAAAUGCCUUCAUCAAAUCACAUUGGGAGAGCUAUAUUCUGGUAGGAACUGUGGAUAUUUAAGAUCCGACAAUAUAGAAAACAUUGUGAGGUACAAGUCUGGAAGCAUACCAGCUACCAAUGAGAAAAUCUUGGGGAUUAAACUAACGCCAACGGUAAAGCAUCCACGUCGAACAUUUUGUGGGACCAUUUAGUGCUGGCAAGCAUUGGAAGCGCACAGGAGCAGCAGGACCAUUAUCGUGUUGUGCAAGCACUUGUUACGCUCAUCCUCUGGCGUGCUGUCCUGGUGGUGUGGUGAUGUCCAUUGCAUUUGCUGCAGAGAUAGAGAAACUACAUGUAACUGUUACUUGUUACUAACAAAGUUAGUGUUCGAACUUUAUAGAAGCGUGUACUAUCCUUGCAUGAAAUAAACAAAGACAGCCAUCUAUCCAUAACUGUUUAUCUUAACUGAAGUUUGGACAUUUUCAUUUUUUUUCUCUGCAGCUGCAAGUGCAAUUUAGUGGAAGUUUGAAAUUUUGUUGAAUUUCAGUGGGUCACUAUCCAACUCCUGGCCAGAGGACACAGAGCUUAGAUAACUGUAUUUGGACAAGUGACGGGUGCAAGCGUAUAUCACAAUUGACUUAGAUUUUCCUGUCCAAGUGUGCUGUCCAUCAACUUCUUGGCAUUUGCCUUGGAUUUAUUUUUGGAUCAUUAUUCAAAAGACAAGCAAUAGAUAGACACUUUUGAGAGGAGUGCUUCAAGAUCUUGUGGCCUUUUCAGGGAUGAAGGAUAUUUUAUACAUUUUUCUGUAGCAAAACACCAAGACAUCAAAAUGAGUAUUGCACAUCAAGGGUUAACGAAGAAUAUGAAGGCAGAUCCCGAGAAGCUCUACACGAAGCUAGAGCGGAUCGGCAAGGGAUCCUUCGGUGAGGUCUACAAGGGCAUAGACAAUAUCUGCAAGGAGAUAGUGGCCAUCAAGAUCAUAGAUCUUGAGGAAGCGGAAGAUGAAAUCGAAGACAUUCAACAGGAGAUCACUGUCCUCAGUCAAUGUGAUUCUGCCUAUGUCACAAAGUACCAUGGCUCAUAUCUCAAGGUAAGUGAACAAUGAUCCAGAAUGUCUUUGUUGCAGUUUAGGGACAAGGUUCUGCUAAUCUUGAUCUUAGUCAAGAUCAGAGAUCUUGAGGAAGCGUAAGAUGAGAUCAAAGACAUUCAGCAGGAGGUAUUGACACUUACGUACUGUAUGACAUGGUUUGGUUUCAGGCAAACUACAUGUAUUGCUGUGCCACACACAAUUUUUUUUUUUUUGGGGGGGGGGGGGUGGUGUUUUAUGACUCAUUCGUUUUACUCUGUAUUUUUCUUCAGGGCUGACACUGGGUUAUAUGUCAUGACAGGCCCUUUAGGGCAAGGAAACUUUUCUAUGGCACAUUUUGAUAUUAUAGCACAAAUGGAGAAAAUAAAAAAGGGCAUUUAUGAGAGGGCAUCCAACAUCUUUCCCUUGGAUGGCCUAAGAUUCUGGAAUGGUUACUAUUGUCAAAGAGCCUGUGUUUGGAGACUACCACUGUACAUGAUUCUGAUUGUGGAAGUCGGCCCAAAGCCUCAGACAGGAAGAGACUAGGGCAGACUUGAGAGCGAAUUUGUCAAGUCCAUUCAGAUGAAUGAUUGAAACUCAUCUCAGUCUCGACCCAGACAACCAGCUGUGCCUACACAGUGCCUGCUCCCGGACUGGCUCAUGCUAAAUGUCUCUCUUUGUACAAGUCAUGUACUGUACCGUGCAUGCACUAUUGUACAGGGUGUAUACAAAAAAUGGACCCAUUUGUCUUAUUGUCUUUUCCUGAAAAAAAUUGAAAUCAAUAACAAGAUUCAUAUCUCCUAGAGCUCAUGUUAUUUAUUGGCAAUCUUGAUUAUGUUUCCAUUACUACGUGUAGACAAAAACGCCUUUUAAAACAAUAUUGUGCAAAAAUGUACCUGGUUCAAUUGAAUGUUCAGCAGAGUGGACACCAUGUUCCAUGAAAAAUGAAAUGAAAGUCAAAGAAUAUUGAUUUAUCAUAGUUUAUUUUCGUUUCUGUUUAAUAUUCUGAGAUUUUCAUGAUAUGUUUUAUUGUUGCUACUUGUAAUUCCAAACAAUGUUGUUAAACGACAAACAGCACUUUGGAAUGCACUGAACACAGUGAUUCACAGGAGUUCACAAGGCUCAUAUAUAUACAUGUACACCUCAAUUAGCAAGAACAAAUCACAUUUUAUAAGAUAAAUUAUUAAGUUGGCAUGUACAUGUAGAAUGCAUUGGUAUAGCGGUUCAGCCAGUUCUGACAUUUUCCUUGUAAGCCAAUAUCAGUGGAAUAAAGAAUUAAAAAUCAGAACUCUCUUUCUUUUGAUGGAUGUUCGUCAAACUUCCGUUGCUAUGUUUCUCUCAUUUUUCUGCUUUCACAAUAAAUAGAACCAUUUUGCUUUUCACAAUGAAAACAACUUGCCAUCAUUUUCAACCUCCCCUUUAAUGUCCGGCGAGCCAGGAAUAAUUGAAUUUGUAUUUGAAUUUUGACACCGGCCCCCACGAUCCUGAAACCCUGCUCGUAUCAUCACGUGGAGAAAGGGUUGCUGAUUUGAUGACUCAUGAAGCUCUCACAGAUUUAAGGAUGGGCAGUCUUGACAGUUUGCCAGAGAAUUAGGGAGAAAAUAAAAAAAAGCUGAUAAUAAAAUCUUACUUUUACUUGUUGGUGUCAUAAAUAGAACCAUUUUGGUUAGCAAUAUCAAAUUAUUAGAUCAGUCGGGGGUGCCCUUCAAUUAUAUAUUUUUUUCUUCUCGAUCUCGAACCAUGAGUCACAGAAUUUCCUGCAGUGCAUUGUGGGUAUCUAAAAAGUUCAAUGGGUAUAAAUCAGACAAGGUUGAAUUUUUGCCCGAUUUCACUCCACUAAUUAAAAUUAAUACCGGUAAUACAUAAUUUAUAUUUUCUGAUUCCAUGCAUCUUAUGUAUGUAGGCAUAUAAAGUAAUUGGGUUGCAACAAGUUUGUAUCGUUUGCACCAAUUGCUGCAGAGAUCUACAGGGUAGUUUUAGCUACUAUGGAUUCAGAUCCAGUAUACCGGUAAUGAAAUUUAAAAGUAAUAAAACCCCCUCCACAUAUUACUUGUUCUUGAAAAUAAUUUUGCAUUUAAAAUUUCUGGCCUUCCACACAAAGCUUGUACAUCAUUUAGAAGAAUACAUUGGCGAUAUUUCAAUGAAAUUUGUUCAAGGGAAUACAAAUACAUAAUGAUAAAACAGGAUAUGUGCAAAGUACUGUACAUGACGAAAAGAUUUUUGCUCUUCCAUGGUAAAAAAUAGGCAUUAUUCUGUAAUUAUUUUACACCUGAUUACAUCUUGCACUUGCCACAUUGAAAGGAAACCAAUCGAAUGGCAAUAAUUGAUGUUUACAGUUCACAUAAUUGCUGUUUUGUGGAAAAGCUUGCAAUGUAAAAAGCGAUUUGUAUUAAUAGUGUAUCAUUGCUCCAGGGCAAGUUUGUAAGAAACAAAUCUCAGUGCCAUAUCAGUGCUGGUCUAUACAUUUAUUAAUCAUUGGGUGUUUAAAGCUGCUCUUAAAGUUCAAAAGUUCUCUUAAAUGCCGACUCUAGCUUGGGUAUAAGAGAUCACACAAACUGUACGGUAAUGAACUUAUGGUCUUAUUUAUGUAUGUCACUUUCACAUGCAGCAAGAAAUGGGCAUCUGUUGAUUGAUCGAUUAAUUGAUUCACUCAUCCAUCCAUCCAUUCGUCUGUCUGGCUGUCCGUCUGUCAUAACGUUGGUCCAUCUGUCCAUCCAUCCAUCCAUUCUAUUAAAUUAAUCAUUAAUUGGUCACUCAUUUAUUGACCAUGCAUGCUCAGCACAAUCAUUGAUGGUCAAUUUUGCAUUAACAGAUUAUUUGUAGUAAUGUUGGCACAGAUGAAGAAAAGAAAAAGACUAAUAAAAAAAAGAAUUGAAUGAAUUUGCAUUGAUUCGAUAUUCUCUCGUUUGACUUGUUACAAGAAUAUUCUAUGAAACACCCCUGGGCUGUUGUUAUAAACAACAUUGUAAAGUUACUGAAAUGAUUGAAUUUGAUUGGCUGAUUGCAAACUUUUUAUUAUCAUUUGUUGUUAAAAAGUCUCUAUGAAACUGGGCCGUUUCAUAAAACUGUGGUGAUCCUUUCUUGUUCAUUGGUGAUUAUUGAUAGUGUGUGAGAAAGGAUCACCAGUCGUUCUUAAAGUCAUUAACUUAUGAACAGCUUUAUGAAAUACCCCCUGAUCCCUGGACCAUGUGACUUGAACAGAAACAUACUGUAGCUGUAAUAAAUU